AUGGAGGUGAGCACCGUGUCCCCAUCUACUGCCUCACCCACUGAAGGAGAUGAUCUGUGUGAGACAGAUGUCAGCAGCGUGGCCAUACACAGUGUGGCACUGCUCAUCUGCCUCUGUGGGCUGGCUGGCAACGGGGCUGUCAUCGGCCUCCUCAGCCUGAAAACCAGGAACUCUGGCUUCUUUGACCUGGCUGUCAUGGACUUCCUCUUCCUCCUCUUUGCGGUCCCCUCUGCCCUCCUCAUCCUGAUGGAAGACGUCUCCUGCUCUCCUAUCCUGCCUUUGAUGUACAUGAACUUCGUUUUUCAGCUUUCAGUGUUCUCCUGCUACUGGGCACUGUACCGAGUGACAGUCGGCACACGCAUGCGACACAUGCGGAACUUCUUAAAGCUCUGCUGCCGCUGUGUCCCUCCUCUGCGACUGAGGUGGGUGGUGGACACUAUCCAAUACUGGGCCUUCUUUGCUCUCUUCACUGUCAUUCCCUCAGUGACAUUCCUGUGCCCAUCAAACCGGCAGGAGCACUGCCGGGCAGCUCUCAUCUCCGUGUACACCCUCAUGCUGCUCCUCUUAGUUGUACCCAUGCUCGUUUCAAGCACAGGUGAUUUCAUUCAGGCCAAGUGGGGCUCCCAGCAGCAGCAGCCCGAGAGGCGCGACAUCGUUAUCUUCAUAAUUGGGCUCCUCACUCUCCUCUUCAGCGUCUGGAAUUUCCUGCAGGAUCUCGGUUAUAUCACUGUAUCCUCACAGGUUACUUUCCUGCUCGCCUGCAUCCACAGCAGCAUCAAACCCUUCAUCUACUUCUUGUUGGGGAGGUGCUGGCAGCCCUGCUCCAUAAAGUCCCUCCGGCUCUCCCUCCAGAGGGUCUUUGAGGAGCAGAAAAAAAACACUACUCGCAGGAAUGAUGCCACCGGGGACACAGGGGUCUGA